GGCCCCUGGAGGUCGAAGACUGCCCAACUCCCGCCGCUCCAGACAGUUUUUGGAGCGCCGCGUCGGAUCUCCGGGGCGGGCGCCCUCCGAGCAGAACAUGGCCAACAGCUCCUGGGCGGCGGCCAUGGUGGGCUUCCGGGACUCCCGGUGGCUCGACGCAGCGGCCGCCGCGGCGGUGAGGCGCAUCGGGGAUUGCUCGACGCUGCACCUGGCGCAGUUGGCGUUCGCCUUCUCCCGCUUCACCUUCGCUGGGGAAAGGCACGGCCUGCUCCCCGCCCUGCUGGCGGAGACGCUGCGGAGGGUCGAGGCUGCCCCUGCCGCCGGCCUUCGCACGCUCAGCAACAGGGAAAAGAAGGAGCUUAAAAAGCAGCGGAAGCUGCUCGACGUGGAGCGCAGCCUUCGCAGGCCUGGCUGGGAGAAGGACCCAGACACGGUGCCGCUGGAGGUGCCCAGCGCGGAGCACCAGCGCGCGGGCCUCGAGUGGAUCUGGGAGCAACUCGUAGCCAGGGCCGAGGAUCACAGAGCCCGCUUCCCAGAGGCCGCAGAGCACGAGCAGCUCUUGCCGUCGCGCGCCUGCCUCCCGGCCCGAGCCGCCGUGCAGUCCCAGCUCUGCGGGCAGCGCGAGCCCGCGGGGGCGGCUCGGCGGCUCCGCGCACGCCGCACGGAGCUGGAGAGGGUGGACCACGAGCUGCACGAGCAGCAGGCCCUUCCGAAGGCGGGGCCCCUCGCCGGCGAGCUGUCCGCCGCGCUCGGGGGCAUGCGGGGCAGGCUGCUGAAGGCCGCGAAGUCUUACAAAGCGCAGACGGACUGGAGUACCUUUGCGCCCUCCGAGCCGGUCGUGGCGGUGAAGCAUUUCUACGACGUCUCCGAGGACAGCUGGGUGGAAGAGACUGUGAUGGUGGAGAUCGACAGCAAGCCGUUCGGGCAUGGGGCACUACGAGAGUGCUUCCGCAUGCGCGAGGUGCCGAUGAGAGUGGACGGGCACUUCUCCCGCCAGCGAGACGAGGACGAGGUUGGGACGCCGAAGAGCGCCAAUAUCCAAGAUACGGUCGCAGCGAUGAUGCAGAUAUCGAACAAGACGAAGAGGCGCUGCUGGGUGGCCAAGAGGUCGACGACUGGGCACGGCGACCUCGAGAAGCACAAGCAGGACUGCCUGGCCGACGCCGCGCUGCAGCAGGUGGCCAAGCACCACGCCGAGGCGUUCAACAGCGCCCGGAGGUCCAUCGGACACGUGCCGGCACACAUCGGGAUGCACGAGGUGGACUUUCUCAUGUCGCACGUCAUCGAGCUGCCCGACGGCAGCACGUACGGCGUCGAGGCCUUCGUCUUCGGCCACUACGAGAAGUACAACAACAACUCGGGCGGCGUCAUGCGGCCACUCGAUUGGGUGACGCCGCAGGCGUUCAGCUACUUCACCUUCGUGCACUCGGGGUACCGGCAGAUGGUCGUGGACAUCCAGGGAGUGGACGACAUCUUCACCGAUCCAGUCCUGCACUAUCUCCCCGAGCACAACAGGUUCGCGCUCUUCCUGUGGAGCCACCGCCGCAACCCGAUCGACAAGCUCCUGGGCCUGGCCACCUUCCCGCACGCCGUGUCCGAGCAGCGGGCGGUGGGCGGCGUCGCUGGGCUCACCGUGGCGCACCUGGCGACCGUGGAGAGGCCGCCGCCUGCAGCGGGCCUGCAGCGGGCAGCCUCGGCGCAGCCGUCGGCGUCGCCGACGCACCACAGCGUACCCCUCGCGGACGUUCCAGGCGUGAAUUUGCAGGUUAGUAGCUGGAGCGGCGUAAGGGCGCGCGGGGUCGGCGCGGCCGAGGGCCAUGCCCUGCCGUUGGACCUUGUCCUGGCCGCGUGCCACAUGGAGCUGGCGCUCAUGUACAACGAGGGCCGCAUCGGCGAAGGGAACGAUAAGCAGUCCGAAAACGAAGCCGCCGUGUUCCACCUGGUUCUGGCGGCGAGGGAGGGCCUGAUGGAGGCAGAGGCGCAGGACCCGGUCCUGUCCCUCUUCCACGGCGUCCGAUUCCUGAAAUUUGAGCUCCGAGCUCCAGCCUUGCGGACGUUUGCCGGGCUCGUGCAGGGACAACAGAAAACGGGGAUCCGAGAUAUCAAGGCCCCAUUCAGCGGCACUGAACCGAUGGUGAGCAAAACUGUGAAGUCUGGCACCGGGCACGGCAGCAUCCACAGGGGCGGUGCUUGCUAG